UAAAAUUUUUUUUUUCUCCCUCUUGUAUCUUUUUUAACGUUUUUGUUCGACAAACUGAAAGUAAUUGCAUGAUGGCUUGAUUAUAUAUGACCCUCCGCCCUCGACAUAUACCAUAGCGAGGUAGAAUCCCAGCAAACACAGCACAUUGCAGCAACAUUGUGGAAAUUUUGUAAUACUACUAUAAUGUUUCUACAAUGUUAUAACAUUGCCGCAAUGUUGCUGCAGCUAUGUUCCGUCUUUGCUGGGAUUGUUCUUGGUGGGAAACGUCGUAUUCGUAAUUUAUUAAUAAUUAUUUUGCUUCUAAAAUCGUGUUACCUUAUCAGGGGACUUCUACAGAUCGAGUUUACGAUAACGUGGAAAAGGGGAGCAUAAUUAUGUCCGAAUCCCGUGAUUACAAUUCAAAGAUAUUUAUUAAUGUAUCUGCUACAAUUGAAUUAGUCGCGUAACCCUCGAAGCAUCGUCUAUCGAAUCGUCCCUAAGCGCACGUAUUUUUCUCCGAGCAUCUCUAGCCACGUGUUCCUUUGUUCGCGUUACUAGGGCCGUAAUGCAAGGUCUACAAUGUCAGCAGGAGUAAUGGAGUAGAAGUAAGAAGUAAGAAAUAUGAAAUGAGAUUCGCCCAUUUCGUUUACUUCCGGUUUUUAAUUGGUCAAUUGUUACUCUUAUUCCACGCUUCAUUACUCCUGCUGAUAUUGUAGAUCUUGCAUAAGUAAAGUGACCGUUGCUAAGUGCAUCUUAACUCUAGCGUCCCUCGCUUCCUUUUUCCUGGGGUUUCUCUCGUUAUUGCGUUAUCCUACGCAUGCCUUAGGGCACGUUUGGGAACAUGCUAUUACAAUAGCGCUAUUAGCAUCAGUCUAUCCUUGUUCUACUUUUAAUAAGUAAUGAAGAUGGACUGAUUCUGGUAGCCCUGAUAGCGUCUUCCCGAACGCAUCCUAAGUAUGUCCUUUGGGGAGGGGGGGGAUGACUCUGAUUUUCUUAUCAUAUAUCACUCUUGAUUUGCUAAGAACGGUUCGAUUAAGAUAUGACGAUUUGAUUUCAAAAUAUUUAACAGUUAAUUUUAUCGCUUGAGACGCUCUCGUAAACGCUUCUCGAAAAUUCUCUCUCGUGUGUGUAUAUUAUUAUGACUUUUGGCUUUUGUUUUGUUUCCCUGUUUUCUUACGAAGAUGAUGCUAGCAAUAUUGUUUCAAACGAUUCGAUCGCGAGACAGAUAAAUAUUAGGACACAAAGAAUAUUUGAAUUCGAAAAUGUUCAAUAAGCCUUAAAAAUAUAUUUGAGGUAAAUUGUUUCAAAUCGCAAAUUGCGAGCAGUGAUUUCGCGCAAAAUCUUUAAAAUUAUAUAAUUAAUUUUUAAUUAAAAGUUUCUGUCUUUUUUUAGUACGACUGUGUUAUUUAUAUUUUAAAUAGAAAAAGUUUCUCAAUAAAUUAAAAUAAUUAAUUCUUAAUCGAGUCGAGUUUAAUCCAGUUCCUAAAAGUUAGAUUAGGUUAGAUUAGGUUAGGUUAGGUUAGUACACGCAGCUGAAUAGCCAAUUAUUAAGUAAAUUCAUUAGGCCAGUAGCGAUAUCUGAUUGUUGUCUGAUGGCUGAGAUUGCUGUAAUUUUUACGCGGCCAAAAACGAAAAUCCGAUCCGGGCUUGCACAGUGUUCAUGCAACUAUAAUGAGAGCAAGAGGGAAGGUAUUAUAUAUACUUAUAAUAAAGACGAUUCGAAGAAAAUGAAGUUCAUGCUCAAGAAGAAAAUAAAGAUGAUCCUCUGCGGCUGUGAUCUUUGCAUCUUUUUGCUUACGGAAGAUGGAGAGGUGUACUAUGAUAAAGGUCAACUGGGUUACAAAUAUGAUCAAGUAUUUGCAGACAAACAUUGUGAGAUUGAAUUCGAGAAUUUGUAUUUGAAAAUAGUUAAGAUAACCAGUGGAUACACACGCACACUCACACUAACUGAUUGUGGACACUGGAGUGGAAAUGCUUUUGGACAAUUGGGUUUGGACCAUAUAGAUAAUGUCUUUAAAUCUACAUUGAAAUUUUUGGCACGGUUUUGAGAUCCAGUGGACUGUCUUUUGAUGCUAUCAUCGAACGCAAGCUGCCCAUACUCUGAACUUCCCAUGACUGAUCACCUGGUUGGCUGUUUAAGCUCGUGGAUUGUGAUAAAGUGCCUA